AUGGUGAGCGACAUGACGGGAGUCGCGCGCGCCGUCAAGGACGCCAAGGAGGUGCUGUGCGGGUUGGGGGCCCCAGGCCAAGCCGUGGCGGGCAGGCCGGGGCGGGCCUCCAAGCACCGGAAUGCGGCGGCCCACCCGGCGUACGCGGGCCUCGCCGCGGCGGCGGGCCAGGUGCUCGCCGACGCCGACAUGCAGGUCGAGAGGAAGGCGGAGCAGGCCAACGUGUCGGAGCAGGCCGUGGCGACGACCCUCAAGGCCAGGGAGAAGCUGCAGCAGGCCGAGCAGAUGGCCAGGAAGACUGAGGAGAUGCUGAAGCGAGCCGAGGAGGCGAUGCAGCAGGCCGAGCGCAAGGUGCAGCUCGCCGAAGAGGAGGCCAUGGAGGAGUCGAAGAAUGCCAAUGAGUUGACGAAGCAGGCCGAGGAGAGGUCGGAGGCAGUGCACUGCCUCGCGGAGUUCAAGGACAACUUUGACGACAGCGACCAGAAGAAGAUCGAGAAGGCGAUUGAUCACACCCUUGACUGGUUGGGAAAGGCCCAGUCCGAAGGGAAGGUUGCGCUCGAGGGCAAGCAGAAGAAGCUGAAGGGAAUCGUCAACCCCCUCUUGAUGAAGCUCGCCUGCAACCUGGAGCGGGAUAUUGCGAACAUCACUGAGGAGGGCAAGUGGCGUGACGACGGCGAGGCCCUUCAGACACUCGCGGCUGCGCAGAUCGCCCUGAAGAAGCUGGAGGAGGCCAUGCAGGCGGUAAGCCAUGAGCCUCGCGACGCGUGGGCGUGCAUUUCGGAGUGGAGUGAUGGAUAA